AUGGCGGCCCAAGCAAACCGCGACGCGCGCCUCGACCACCUCUCCCGCGUCCUCGCCUCCGACCAUCCGCCCCCGCCGGCGGCCGCGGUCCACGGGCACCUCAUCCGCGCGCACGCCGAGGCCCCUCCCCCGGUCAUCCGCUCUCUCCUCAACCACGCCAUCCGCCGCCUCUCGAAGCGACGCCCCCACGCCGCGCUCCGCCUGCUCCUCCUCAUGCCGCGCCUGCCGGUCUCCCCCGACCACUUCUCCCUCCCGUUCGCGCUCAACGCCGCCGCGUCCCUAGGCCUCUUCCGGUUCGGCGCGUCCCUGCACGCGCUCGCGUUCCGCCUCGCUCUCGUCCCCGCCCGCCUCCCCGUCGCCAACGCCCUCGUCGACCUCUACGCCAAGUGCGACGCCCUCCCCGCGGCGCACGCCGCGCUCGCCAGCAUCCCGGCGCCUGACGCCGUCUCCUUCAACUCUCUCCUCUGCGCGCAUGCCCGCCUCGCCUCUGUGCCCGCCGCGGAGUCCCUCUUCACCUCCAUGCCCUCCAGAACCCAGGUCUCCUGGAACGCCAUGGUGGUCGUCUACGUCAAUGCCGGUGACUUCGCUUCUGCUCGCCUCGUGUUCGAUGAAAUGCCUACCAGGGAUUCGUCGUCUUGGUCGGUGUUGAUUGUUGGAUACUGCAAGCGCGGGUCCAUGCAGAGUGCGCGAGAGCUGUUUGAUAAAAUGCCCGGGAAGAAUCUUGUGACGUGGACGGCGAUGAUAAACGGGUAUGCUCAGUGUGGGCGGCCCAAGGAGUCGAUUUCAUUGUUUAGGGAACUGGAGGCUGUUGGGAUUGAGCCAGAUGCAGCCACCAUGGUCGGAGUUAUCUCUUCUGCUUCGCAGAUAGGCAGCACGGCGUUAGCUGGGUGGGUUGGAAAUUACGUCGACAGGAAGAGGAUUGAAAGGAACGAGAAGGUGCUCACAGCACUGGUAGAUAUGCAUGCCAAAUGUGGGAAUGUUGAGCAGGCUCUCAAUUGUUUUAGGGAGAUUGAACAGCCUGAUGCAUACCCUUACACUGCACUAAUUAGUGGGCUGGCGACUCAUGGGCAUUCGACGCUGGCACUUCAAGUGUUUGAAAGGAUGCGAGCUCAGGCAGUCAGACCUGAUCCAAUCACUUUUGUGGGUGUGCUCACUGCGUGCAGCCAUGCAGGACUUGUUGACAUGGGGUUGGACUACUGGGAAGCAAUGGUGCAGGAUUAUGGGAUGGACCGUCGGGCAGAUCACUAUGCAUGUGUUGUUGAUAUGCUUGGUCGUGCAGGAAGGAUUGUGGAGGCUUUUGAUAUGGUUCAAACAAUGCCAAUGGGGCCCCAUCCAGGUGCUCUUGGUGCUCUGCUGAGUGCGUGCAAAACACACGACAAUGUCGAGAUUGCAGAAAUUGUUGCAAAUAAGCUUUUUGAGUUGGAACCUCGAAAUACUGGGAACUAUAUACUGUUGUCGAACAUAUAUGCUGGGAAAGAACAGUGGGAGGAGGCAGAAAGAAUUAGGUCGCUUAUGAGAACAAAAUUGCCCUUCAAACAGCCAGGGUCUACUUGGGUUGAGGAUCGACAGAGGGAGCGUGGCAAAAUUUCUUUGUGAGGAGCUGAAAAGCAACAUAAACAUCUAUCUUUGCUAGAACUCUUGUGCUACCCAGGCAUAACACGGGGCUAAUUGAACUGCCACAAAUGCAGCUUUGGAUCAGAAUGAAAUCAAGGUACCUUGACUUCUUCACGGCUCACUUUAUAUCUGGAACUCACCGUGUAAAUUAUUUUGAUUUGGUGGGUAUUCAUCGAGUUUCUUUCCAUAGUAAGUUUGUAAUCUCCAAUGGAACUGAUAGCAUUGCAAUUUAACCUCUUCAUUCUAGAUAAGUGUUUUGGUAAGAUAUUUAAAUUUAAGGUGGUAUAGUAGGGAAGGAAGUAACUAAAGCAAUUGAACCCCGCAUCUUAGUGCACAACUGCAAGGAUGCAGCUAGAGAUUUUUUUUAUAUAGUAUUUGUUUUGCAAAAACAUCCCCAAUAUGCGAAACCAGGUCAUUUGCAAAUUCGUGGAUUGGAAAGCAACAAUAUUCUCAUGAAGAUUGAAAUGGUUAUUUACAUUAUCCAGUCCUCUUGGAUGGGUGUAUAUAGUCAAGAACGACUGGUAAAUCAUCAUAAGCAGAAGAACUAUAACAACUGUUUUUCUCCAUGGUGGUUGUCCACUUCCACAAAA